AUGGGCAAUGUUCUGGCGGCGGCUUACGAGGAGCAGAGACUCCUGUGCCAGAGACACCCCUUAGGGGUCAAGUUUGAGAUCGAAGAAGUGAAAGUUUCGCUCAAGAUCCCCCGGCCUCGCGAGGUCUUCUUCGCACUUCGCGGUGGACACGUUCUGUUCAACCGUACCGAUCAUAUCAUUCUGCGCCUAACCUCCCAGGCAAAUUCCCUUUAG